GUACUCGAGGGGAUCACGGCGUAUUGCCUGGGGAAAGGCUCGGGGGGUCUCCUCGUGACGAUAGAAAAUCGACAGCCCGAGAACUGGGUCCAAGUGAUGUGCUAUUGCACGAAUAGCUUCGGCGUCGUCUCGACGAGAGGAGAGCUGAAGACUGUUGACUCCGUUCCCCCCUUGCAUAGACAGGUGGUGAUGGUGCUGACCCAGCUGGAGGGGAGCGGUGGUUACAGAAUCUCCUAUCAAAUGUCUUACUGCAUGAUGGCAGGCGCAGGACUCCGUGACCGGAGGUUCUCGAGUGCGAACCACCAUCCACCCCUGACACAUUCCGUGUCCGGCCUCCACACACCUCGACCUAUCUGAUCCUUUUUUAAUUUUUUUUUUUUCAUUGUUGAAAUUCUCUUGAAGGCAUCGGGUGUCCUGUUCGUUGAGUGCGACACUCAUAUAUACGUAUUUUUAUAUUGAAAACUUUAAAUAAUA